AUGGCAGUAUCCCAAUUUACAGCAGGAGACUGGGCGGAAAAAGAAAGGCCUUCUCGCGCUCGUUGUAAACACAAGCGAGGAUUUCCUCCUCCCUGACGCUCCUGGGAUGAACUGCAAGUUAUAAUCAGCGCGCAGCCACUUCCAGGGCCGCGUAACCGAUCCGGGAUGGACGCGUGGGUUCGUUUCAACGCACAGAGUCAAUCCAAAGACAGACUUUUCAGGGCUGCACAGUAUGCCUGCAUGUUGUUAGGGUACACGCUGCACAAGAGCAAGGCAGCGGCAGACCUCCUCAAAACGCUCAGUGACCUGGAAAAACACCUGAGCCUCACCAGAAAAUUUCUGCGUCUUGGGAACUCCGUGGAAGCUCUGGAAGCUGCCAAAAGAGCAAUCCACAUAUCUGAUGGCGUGUUGAGGCUCUGCCUGACGAUCAGCCAUCUGAACAAAGCCAUGUACUUUGCUUGUGACAAUGUGGUGUGGGCAGGAAAGACGGGCCUUUUCUCCAAAGUCGACCAACAGAAAUGGAGUCAGAGAUCCUUUAGGUACUACCUGUUUUCUCUGCUCGUCAGCCUGACUCGAGACGUGUAUGAGCUCUGCCUCCUCAUGGACAGCGAUGCGCGCUACCAAAGUGCCAAAACAUCUUCAUCACCUAAUCCCAGCCACGACCCCCCUGCUGACUGCCUCUCCUCCCCCAUCACCAGCAGCCGCCCCCCCCUUAUGUGGGCGUGGCUGCUCAGACACUUCCGGCAGGUGAUCACGGUGCUGCAGAACAACCCCCCAUUGCUUCUGGACCUACUGAAGAACAGCUGCGACAUCUUCAUUCCUCUGGACAGGUUAGGGAUUUACCCAACAGGGCCAGGCUUUGUGGGGGCAUGUGGCGUCACCUCCUCCGUGCUCGCCAUCCUCGCUGUGACCCACCCCUGGCUCAAAUUGAAACCCUGAGGCUUAGGACACUUUGACACCCCUGCUAGAGUGCACAAACUGCAGCUGAGGCGUUAGACUCAGCAGUUUUUGGAUCCACGGGAUCCAUGUUGACAUAACAGUUUAGGUCAGAAAUGAUAAAGCUUUGAAAUGUGAAAGAAUUUUCCUUAAAAUGUUUUUAAUGUUUCUUGACCCCAGUUUGACAGAUUUUUAACAUGAUCUACAUGAUUUAUUCUGUUUUUCUGUUAUUCAACAUUUGCUCAGAGUUUAAAAAUCUACUUUGCUUUUAUUUCAUUUUCUUGCAGCAUAUAGUUCUAAAUAAACAAAGUAGCUAAAGAUGUUUUUUCCCACCAAAGUUUGAGUUUAUGUGGACAAAGAGCCUUUGGAAGUACAAUCCCACUAUUUCAGAUGUCAGAGGGAAAAGGUGAGGUCACUCUGGCUUAUUGAAAUAAAAACCAUUAGAGAGAGGUACGCGUGAUGCUGGA